GAAUGCCAUUAUAACAAAGAAGAAGGUACAUUUGACAACUAUUUUAUGUAGCUCUUCCUGAGGAUUCUCGACAGCGGGAGAAAUGUGCUGCCCCCUCCUGGUGAAUCCAUGUCCUGCUGCUGACAUCAGUAUUUGACAUAAGUAUUUGUGUCUCUGAGCUGUAGUUGUCCUCAGUGGCUGAGAGGACCACAGACAUUCAGAGUGACCUGGGGGUGUGACGGUGAAACAAGCUCAUCAAGAGUGAAAGAUGUGUAUCAUCUUAAAAUAAGCAGUCUCAAACCUGGUGAAAAGUACCAGUUCAACAUGGCUACAGAGGGAGAAGAUGGAAGACAAAGCAGAUGGAUCUCAGCAUCCCUAUCCACAGUUGUCCCACCCAGAGUUUUAAAGAUCGACCAUUUGGAAGAGACCUCCUUCACUCUCCACUGGUCCAAGGCUGAAGGGAUGGAGAAAGUCCCACAGCGCUUCUUCAUAUCCAACUGCAUCCCAGGAACAGACCCCCUCACAGCCGUUACUGACGACUGCCACAAAACCUUCUCAAACCUGCAUCCUGGCACCAAGUACACUGUUAGUGUUGCAACUGUGCUGAGCAAUGGGGAACAGAGUGAACCUGUCUCUACAACCAUCUGCACUAUACUUCCUGCUCCAGACCAGCUGACUGUUGACUCAGUGGACACCACAUCAGCUGCUGUUAGCUGGAUCCAGCCACCGGGAUUGGACCAAACCCAACAUCAUUACCAGAUCUCCUAUCGCUGUUCAGGGACAGAACCACACAUCACUACCACAUCUUCACCCAGCAUCACUCUCUCUGACCUGAAACCUGCUACUGAAUACUCUGUCACUGUCUGCGCUGUGCUGGAAAAUGGAAAGCAAAGUCAACUGGUGUUAACGACCCUCACCACAGUACUUCCUGCUCCAGACCAGCUGACUGUUGACUCAGUGGACACCACAUUAGCUGCUGUUAGCUGGAACCAGCCACCAGGAUUGGACCAAACCCAACAUCAGUACCAGAUCUCCUACCACUGUCCAGGGACAAAACCACACAUCACUACCACAUCUUCACCCAGCAUCACUCUCUCUGACCUGCAAGGUGGUACUCAGUACUCUGUCACUGUCUGCACUGUGCUGGAAAAUGGAAAGCAAAGUGAACUGGUGUCAACAACCUUCACCACAAUACUUCCUGCUCCAGACCAGCUGACUGUUGACUCAGUGGACACCACAUCAGCUGCUGUUAGCUGGAACCAGCCACCAGGAUUGGACCAAACCCAACAUCAUUACCAGAUCUCCUACUGCUGUCCAGGGACAGAACCACACAUCACUACCACAUCUUCACACAGCAUCACUCUCUCUGACCUGCAACCUGCUACUCAGUACUGUCACUGUCUGCACUGUGCUGGAAAAUGGAAAGCAAAGUGAACUGGUGUCCACAACCUUCACCACAAAACAUUUUCAGUGGUGGAACAGACCCUCCACAGUUGCUGCAGUGUUUGUUCUACUGGCUGUGAUCAUUGGCCUGUGGGAUUCCU